AUGGCCGCCGAGCCGACAAUAGGAACCAUCGGCCGUCGAACCCGUGACGGCCAGGCGAGAAGGCCCUUUGGUCUCCUGGCCGCAGAGUAUGCGGCCGCUAUGAUUCUCGUUGCAAUGCAGUACAUACAUGAUUACAACAUUACGAACCGACUGUAG